AAUACCCCCCUCACUCCUUUACCUUCCGUAGCUUCGACGUAAGAUGAAGGCUGUUGUAUGGAAUACAUAACUUAAAGAUUCUAGUAAAAUAGAUUAUUGCCAACAAUGAUUAGGAAGUCUUGCGCGCAUCUUCACAUCUCUGGAUGUAACCCGGCUCGACGGGCGAUUGAGAUAUAAGCCUCGCAAAUUUCUACCCAAAUGACGUCUCAAGCAUUAUUUCCACGCCGAAUUGAAAAAGGGGUUGUACCAUGGCAAUGUAGAUGAGGGAGGCUGCAUAAGACCAACAUGAAAUAAUCUUCUUCCUUCGUCCAAGGGUUUAAAAUCUUCGAAAUACUUUUAUCAUCAUUAUCCAUUGCUAUAUCCUUCUAUCGAGAAGCAGCAGAAACGCAACAGGCCACCAUGGUCCAGAAGUCCACCAAUGUGACUCCCGUUGGGACUUCAUCUCAUGCUCGUAUCCGAACCCCUGAUUCAACUGUGUGGAGAAGCACGAAGGCUCGGGAUUUGGUAUCCAGUGUCAGAUUCUCUUGGGACAAGUACCAAAAGCUGUACUUCGUCGAAUUUCUAGAAACAGUCGGUCUCGGCUUUAAGAAUGCGGACAUCACCCCUUUACUUGUCCAACUCAACCUUGAUGGGUACGAAGACAUCGACAACGACUAUGGAGAGAACGUUCACGACUUAAUCGAAGAGAAAGUCCGACGCAAAAUAAAGAAUACAGCUGAUGAACUAGGCACGGAGAGGUUGAAGAAAGCAAGCUUCGGACCGAAAAUAGUUGAGCCGACUCAGAUACAGGAACCUGUGGCUGUUUCCAAGGACAUGGCUUCUAGUAAACCAGAAACUCUUAAACCCAAAACCAAAGCACCAGCGAGAGUCGCUAGAUCGUCAUUUGAGAUCCGAGGCGAAGACCAUAAAUCGACUGAUAAAACCUCGGAAAAGGGGGAAAGUGCGCGAUGCGACACGACCGCUCAGGGUACACUACCUCCGCAGCAGAGCCAUCCAUUCCUUAAGAUGCCCAAGGCCCCCAUCACUCUUAACUCGCUCAGUAGCUCAAGCACUUCAAAUGCUACUUCGAGUAGUUCAUCUACCUUUGGGCGCGAUAUCAAUUGCGGGAAACCAGUCCCGACAUUCUCAUUUCAAGGCUUACAAAGUCCAUCCAGCGGCCGAUCUACGCCUCAGAGGAGUAUUAAAUCCGAGUACUCCGACUACUCCUCUCCAUCGUUCGAGUUCGUCGACCCGGUAGCUUCCGAGAAAUCGACACCAUCCAGUGUCCAUCCUAACGAAGCGGACGAUCUAAGCUCAGCUAAACGCAGCAGAGCUAAACGGUCCAUCGGGCGCCUUGUGUCUUUAUUAAAACGCGCAGAGUCCGCACUCGACGAAGUCGAAAUCGCGUUUGAUGAUCUGCCGCAGAUGGAAGGAGGCAGUGAGCUAGCGGGCACUAUUCGUCGCUUGAGAUCGGAAUUUGAUGAUGUGCAAGUUGACGCGGAGGAAGUAGAGGAUUUCGCUGCGACUAAUCUGAAGAGUUGAAAGAUUUCUAACUCAACGAGAGGAUAUUUAUUUUCGUAUGUUUUUCUAUGAUGGGACUUUUAGGAGAGGAGUUGUUGCUUAGAUACUGGAUGUCUGUGUCGUUAUUUAGGAGACGUUGGCAGCCUGUUUAUUUUACAGGCACGUAGAAGUCAAUUUAUUCAGUCGCAAAAGGUCUAGAAAACGCUUUCCUUAUAGUAGUGUACGUACCUCUCUCAUACCGAAUGCAGAGGAUUGAAAGACGUAGAAUGGUGAUGGAUAUUUCCACCCGUGCUUUUUACAAGAACCAUAGAACGAAAAAGGGGUAAAUAACCAUACUUAUGUACGACAUAAUAACUCUUGAGAUCUCAGG